GUGUUGUUAUUGAUAAACACAGUGUCGCACUUUGUGCGAAACUGAUCAGAUUUGCGUUUUUCUUCGGUUCGGUAGUUUUACUCGAGUGUGACCAGUGACCAUCAUGGGCGAGAAGUAGCCGUCGUCGCGGAGUCACCCGUGUCAAGGCCAGCGAUCAAGGAUGGAAAUUGCUGCGGAAGGAGCGAUGUGAAGUAGAAACCAUCACGUAGAAAAUGAACGUCCCUGCUGGACCAAGAAACGCCAACCCCCACCGUCCAUUCUUCCACUACCUGAGCAAUGUGAUAAAGCGCAUCAUCUUCGGCAUCGUCAUGGCCUCGAGCUGGUUCUUCAUAAUCUACCUCGGCCCUUUCAUGCUAAUCCUCACCGUCCUCGCCAUCCAAGUCUCAUGCUUCAGAGAAAUCCUCAACGUCGGCUACAACUGCAACCGAGUCCCUCCAAGUCUCCCGUUCUUCCGCUCCCUCUGCUGCUACUUCCUUGUAGCCGCCAACUACUUCCUCUCCAUCGAGACCAUCGCACCCCACUUCGACGAUAUUUACAAGAACUACCCCCACCUGGAGAUCGUCAUCAAGUACAACCGCUUCAUCUCCUUCUGCAUCUACUUCAUCGGGAUUGUGCUCUUCGUGGUGAAUCUCGUGCGCAAGCAUGACCUGCAGCAGUUUAAGAUCCUCGCCUGGACUCACACUUUGCUCAUCAUCAUCGUGCUGCAGUCCUACCUGGUGAUCGCCAACAUGUUCAAUGGAAUCAUCUGGCUUAUCCUACCCAGCUCCCUCGUGAUUGUCAAUGAUAUCUUCGCCUACAUGUUUGGUCGCUUGUGGGGGCGGACGGCCUUGAUUCAACUCUCCCCCAGGAAGACGUGGGAGGGUUUCGUGGGGGGGAUUGUCGGCACGUUCUUGUUGGGCUACUUGUUGUCCAAUUACAUGUGCCAGUAUCAGUAUUUAGUGUGUCCGGUCGAGUAUUAUCAAACCGGGGGCGGCAUAAAGAUGAUGUCGGAGUGCACCCUCGGGUAUUUAUUUACCCCCACGACCUACUCGCUGGGGGUGGUUAGUAUUAAUUUUUACCCUUUUACGUAUCAUUUUUUCUGGAUGGCUUUGUUUGCCAGCGUCGUGGCACCAUUUGGGGGAUUUUGUGCGUCGGGGUUCAAGAGGGCUUUCAAGAUGAAGCACUUCGCGGAGGUUAUUCCAGGGCACGGGGGGAUCACAGAUCGCUUCGACUGUCAAUUUUUGAUGGCGACGUUUGUUAAUGUUUAUAUUUUUACGUUCGUUGGAAACCCGAGUGUGGGGGUGAUUUUUGAUAAAGUAUUAGGGUUGGAUGAGGGGAGGCAAGUGGAGUUUUAUUAUUUGUUGAAGGAUAUGUUACAAGAUAGUUAUUUAUUGAAUUCGACUGACGUAAGUUGACCUCUGGGUGUAGUAAUAAAUAAGUAUGAAAAUAUUGUGAAGACAAUAAACGAAUUUGGUUAAUUCUG